GUCGACAAAAUCAAAGCCGUUAAGAUUAUCGGUGUGUAAUUAUAAUCUAUAGUGCACGUAAGAAACGAAGAAGAUAAUGACAGUAGCAGCAUCGAAUAUGUCUGUGAAUAAUUGAUAAAAGUUAAAUAAUUAUGCGUCAAUGUAAUUAAAAAAAAAGAACAAAAUAAGAAAUGUGCUUCGCAGAUUACUAACAGGAACAUUUUUAAUAUCAAUGUAAAGAAGGAUGGUAGGUGGCUUCAUCUGAAUUUUCAAGUAUGAUUGAGAGUGUCUCUAAAAGAGCAUUCAGUGGAUCUAGUGGUACAUACAACGUACAUGCAUUAGAACUGGCUGCAGCGAGAGAAAGAAAAUUAAAAACAUUAAGUAUUACUGUAAAAUUUCUAGAUGACACAGAACAUGUUUUUCAUAUUGAAAAACGUGCCAAAGGCAGUACAUUAUUGGAACAGGUUUACCAUCAUCUUGAGCUAGUUGAAAAAGAUUAUUUUGGAUUGCAGUUUUCAGAUAAUGGUAAUUUACCCGGAAAAAGAAGUUCUGCGUGGAUGCGCUGGUUAGAUCUGUCCAAGUCAAUAAAAAAGCAGCUGGGAACCUGUCAAUAUCCUUUAUAUUUUAGAGUUAAGUUUUAUGUGUCCGAUCCAAGUAAACUCCAAGAAGAAUAUACCCGUUAUCAGUUUUAUUUACAAUUAAGAAGAGAUAUUUUAGAAGGGAAGUUAUAUUUACCCCCAAGCACUGCCAUACUAUUAGCUAGUUAUACUGUACAAUCUGAAUUAGGUGAUUAUCAACCUGAAGAACAUGGACCAAAUUACUUAUCAAAUAUUCAACUUGUUCCAAAUCAAACUGAUGACAUUGAGAAAAAAAUAUCAGAAUUACACAAACUGCACAAAGGCCAACUUCCUGCAGAUGCUGAAUUCAAUUUUUUGGACCACGCCAAAAGGAUUGAAAUGUAUGGAGUAGAAUUACAUAAAGCUAGAGAUAGUGCGAAUAAAGAAAUCCAAUUGGGAGUGACACAUUUAGGUUUAGUAGUGUUUCAAAAUAAUAUUCGAAUUAACGUUUUUUCAUGGUCUAAAAUUAUGAAAAUUUCAUUUAAAAGGAAGCAGUUUUUUAUACAGCUUCGUCGAGAGCUGUCUGAAUCGUAUGAUACCUUGCUUGGUUUCAACAUGGAGACAUAUCGUUCAUCUAAAACUCUUUGGAAGUCAUGUGUUGAACAUCACACAUUUUUCCGCCUUCAUUCACCGAGAGUGAAAAGAAAAUUUCCAUUGUCUCUUGGUUCCAAAUUCACAUAUUCUGGAAGAACAGAAUAUCAAACAGUGGCAGAGGUACGACAGAGAGGGAUUUUAGAAAGAAAAUUCGUGAGAUCGCCCAGUAAAUAUUUGGUGGGUCGCACUUCUACUCAUACACCUCCACAUUUAGAAGAUAGAGGAAAACUGAUAACAGCUCCUGCUAGACCACCAGGACCUUACGCUCAUAAAGUCACUUCAUUAGACACCAAAGAACCUAAAAAAGCAUGGACUGAAGACAGUAGGAUAUCAGAUGAUGAUGGAGGUUUUUUGGAAAGAACACUAGAAGGUCCCUUUUCGCCUGGAAUAGCUGGAAGAGUUAUAAGUUAUGCAGAUGAAGAACCACCUUCUCCCACUUCUAAUGGAUUAUAUGAUACUCCGCCAUAUAGUUUAAGUCAUUCCCCUACGUCGCAAAUAAUCGAUGAUAAUCUAGUAACGAUUGUUCUCCAUCCUGAUGAAGAAGGAAAAUAUGGUUUUAAUGUGAAAGGUGGAAGUGAACAAAAUGUGCCUAUUUUAGUAUCUAGAGUAGCUCCAAAUACACCUGCAGAUAAAUGUGUGCCAAGAUUAUCGGAAGGCGAUCAGUUGUUACAAAUUAAUGGCCACGAUGUAACACACGCUCUUCACCAAGACGUUGUCAAAUUAAUUCAAGAAGCUAGAAUUACAAAUUCAGGUAAGCUAGUAUUAAUGGUGAAAGCCAACGUCUUGUAUCAAGGUUAUGAAGACUAUGAAGAACCGCCAUAUCAAUAUGUACCUGCAGGAGACAUAGAACCUCCAUCUCCUGGGAACGCUCUCCAACAAAGUAUGCUAUUGUUAGCUGAUGGAUUAGCUAGUGGAACAUUAAUAGCACGAUACGAAACACUUUUUAGAAAACAUCCUGAUUUGACAUGUGAUGAAUCGCUAAAACCACAAAAUGUGAAUAAGAAUCGAUAUAGAGAUAUUUUGCCAUAUGAUACGACUAGAGUUAUGUUGAAAAGUGGUACAAAUGGUGACUAUAUCAAUGCAAAUUAUGUAAACAUGUCAAUAUCUGGUACUGAAACAGUAAACCAUUACAUAGCAACUCAAGGUCCUUUACCAGCGACCACUGAAGACUUUUGGCAAAUGAUCCUCGAAGAAAACUGCAAUUUGAUUGUAAUGUUAACUACUCUUAUAGAAAGGGGACGAGCCAAAUGUCAUAAAUACUGGCCGAGUAUAGGUGAAACAUUAACUAUGCAAAAUACUACUAUGAAAUGUAUUUCUGAAGAGACUGAUCCUUCUGAAAGUUUUGUUUUUAGAGAUUUUGUUCUUCGCGACAUUAAGAAUAAUGAAUCAAGAGAUAUAAAACAUAUGCAAUAUAUUGCAUGGCCUGAUCACGGAGUGCCUGAUUCCCCACAACAAUUUCUAAAUUUUACUGAAAAGGUUCGAUCGGCAAGGAAAGGUUCUGCUCCUGUAGUGGUACAUUGUAGUGCCGGUAUCGGUAGAACGGGUGUGAUGGUAUUGAUGGAAACUGCUUUAUGUUUAAUGGAGGUUAACGAACCAGUUUAUCCUUUAGAAAUAGUUAAAACUAUGAGGGAACAACGAGCUAUGAUGAUACAAAAUGCUAGUCAAUAUCGCUUUGUUUGUGAAAGCGUGCAUGCUGCAUAUAGCGAUAAUAUAAGUGUAGAUAAAUCAGUAAGUCAAUUAGAAUAAUGAUUGGAUGAUAUCUCGAUUAAAGAUAUGCACAAGGAGUAUAUCAACAAGAUUUUUCUGUAGAAAAAUCUGGUUAGACUGAGUGAUACAAAAAUAAUGCACUUAAAAUCAGAAUUUUCAUAUCGAUAGCUGCUAGUCAAUUAUAUUGUCAAAAAAUUUUCAGGUUUAUCAUAUGUCUGAGACUGAAAAUUAGUGCCAUAUCUUUUCUAUAAAAUCCCUUUUUUGCAAGCGAUUUCAUAUUUUUAUUUUAUUAUUUUAAUUUGAAAAUUUUUAUAUUUUUAGUACUUUUUGCAUAGAUAUACUACUUGAAUUGGUAUUAUAUAUCUGAUCUUUUCUACACUUUUUACAACCUAAAUAAUGUUUUAGCUAUUAUAUCAAAAAUUACUUACCGUUUACAAAUAAUAAGUAUGCUUAAAUGAUAUCAGCAACCUAUUCUCUGUAAUAAAAAACACUGUCAUGUGGUAAUUGAGAAACCUACAAAGGGCCUCGACAAAAGAGAAGAUAGAGAAAAAUAACAUGACCAAAGAUUAUAGAAGAAUAUAAACAAAUGUCGAGCACAUAACAAGUCGAACAGUCUGAUAGUUAAAAUUGUUUUAAUAAUAAUAAGAAUAAGAGAAUCAGUAUUGUUAUUUCAUACAUUUCUUUAAUGUUAUAUAUUGUGUAUAAAAAUUUUAUGAAUGCUGCUACAAAUAGAACAGUCAUACAUAAACAUUUCCAUCUUAGAUUAUUAUUAGUGGUUUAAAUUCAAUAACUGGAUCCUCAUCUUGAAAUAUUACCACCUAUGAAUUAAACAAUGAGCUCUUCAUCGUCGUUUUCCUUCAAGAGCAUCAAAGAAAGACUUCAAAUGCCGAAAUUAAUGAUGAUGAGGACAGUACUAAGUCGCUUAUCGCCGUUUCUCCAAACUACUCACGAGUUGUCAAUGAAUUUCACUUAAUUAAACUUUUCUCGUAUUCUUUAUUACUAGUAGUUGUCGAUAAUAAUUUAAAUUUCAAACUUAUUUGUAUGUUAUUUCAACUGAUUUUAAUUGCAAACUUCCAUCACUACUAAUUAUGUGAUUUUGAUAAGCCUUAUACAUAAUAGAAUCUGUCCAAUACAUAAACCUAUUUUUUAAAAUGUAUUAUCAUUUGAUGUGAUUGACUUAGGUCAUUUGUUUACGAAUUUUGUACAAAAAUGUGAAAAACAAUCACAACAUUGUUCUGGCUUACGUAAUAACAUAUUUAGUUUGUUUUUUGUUUCACAAUAACAACUGAUAAAAGAUAAAAACUUAAAUCAUAGACCAGUUCAAAACACUAUAUUACGACAAUAAUUCAUUGAUUAAAUCGAUAAUUAAUGGAGUAGAGAAAUAUAUAUGAACUAUCUAAGGUUGUUUAUCUUGUGCCAUUGGUUUUUGUUUUCAGAUAUAAAAUGGAAAGUAACCCUUUUGUGAAUUGAACGGUAUAUGGUAACACUGCCUAUACUAUUACAUGUGUGUAGGAGAACAGCCCCUCAUUACUUUCGAUGUUUUAUAGUGUCUAUGGGAGCACUAUUUAAUAUUUUUACCUGUCGUAACAUGCCAUUUGGCUUGUUACGUUUUUCUUCAAACAUUUUGAUUAUUCCUUUGUUCACGUACUGUGUCAUUUCUAAUUAUUCUAACAUUCGAGUUUUUGAAGACAUUAAUUGGUUAGACUUCCCCACUCCAUUCUAAGAAUUCAAUUAUACUAUAGUUUCAUUGUUAAAUCGUCCUCAGUCUAUCUACACUCUUAAAGUGUUUACAUCAAAGUAAAUUUAGUAAAAUUUGUGGUGAUAUUAUUCUUUACAUCGCCGAUAAGUUUUUCUUAUAUCUUUCUAACGUUGCUUUUUAUAUAUAAUGCUCACAAAAUUCCAGUUAUUUUUAUGAAUUUACUUUUGCUUUAAGCAAAUUUUGUAUAACACAAGUCUUUAAAAAAGUUGAGAGCUGUUUUUUUCGUGUAAUACUUAUGUUUUUGUGUACUGAAUCAGAAAAUGACAUUUAUUUGCUCAUAGAACGUCAUGUUUUCUGAUAAUAUAGGUAUUUAUGUUAAACAAGUUAUCAUCUUAAAAGAUAAAAUACUAAAAAAAAUUAUUCAUAAUUGCGUAACAAAACUUAUUUUUUUCAUCUAAAAUACAUUCGUUGGUAAGCACUAAACACAUUUCUUUUUCCCAGUGAGAAUCCUUUUGAAGUGUCCAACAGUAGUCUGCCAUCAUUCAGACCCUCCAUCUUCCCUUGUAUCUUUUUUCUAUGUCCUUAAUAUCUUGAUGAAAUCGUUCACCUUGCUCUUCACUCACAUCUCCUAAAUUUUCUGGACAGUAAUCGAGGUGAGAAUGAAGAAAAUGAACUUUUAAACUCAUUAGGCAACCUAAAGCUUGAAAUGCUUUUAACAUUCGAUUUAACAACGAUUUGUUUGUAGUUAGGGUCUUAGUUAUUGUCUAAAAAUUUCUCCUCUUUGAAGGCAAUCCAUCAUGGUUGUGAUGGAUUGUGGAUCAGCCAUAAGCCGUCUAAUAUUUGGUCCAAUGAAAACACCUUUCAACUUUGCCGCCGAGAUGCCUGGAAACUCUAAUAUUAAGUAUUUGAAGUAAUUUCCAUCUCUUGAAAGUGACUUUACAAAUUGCUCCAUCAAUCACAGCUUUAUGUGAAGCAGUGGUAGAAUAACUUUUGAGGAGGCACCAAAGUUUCAUGGAGGACAUUCUUUUCGCUAACGUUAAGAUUCCUGGGAGGCCAACACUUUUUGGUCCAGUGAUUUGCUCAAUCUCUACUAUCGCAUAGAUACAAAAAGCAAGGGAAUUCGAUAAACCCAGAUUGUUGUAAGAGCAACAUGCUCAAGAUUUUAAAAUCACCGCACACUUGCCAACCGUGGUCUUUUUAUUUCAAUUUGCAAAGAAUAAAUUCCAAGUUCUUGUAGGUUUUUUUGAGGUAUACGAAAUGAUCGACAGGAAAGGAAGUAUAGAAACCGCCAUUGUGAAGCAGAACUGCUUUAAGACUUCUUUUUGAAGAAUCUAUGAAAAUAUGCCACUGUGCUGGCUUAAAUGUCUUCAUCAAGCCUCCAAUAAACCAACUCGUCCUCUUGGCAAAGUAGGAAGUGAACUGCUUCUCACGGUAUCAAAACCAAGAGAAAUACACUCCCGGCAAAAUAAGUUCUUUUGGGCCUUGAUCCCCACUCAGCAGCGUUUUUUGGAAGUUUCUUACCAAAUAAUUUAGCUCGCCCUGGUAAAACAAUUUCGAACUGCUGUCAUCUUAAAAUGCAAAACUUGACUUGUUAUUGGGUUCAGGUACAGCACUAUCUUCACAAAACUUGGAAUCUCUUCCAAGGUAGCAGGGGCCUUGGGUACUGGUAUUUCGGUCCCAUGAGGAACGGGAUGAAUAGCUGAUUGCAGAUUGGGGUAUGAAAUUGGCUGCUUCCGUUUUGAAUUAUACCCUUUCACAGAACACGAAGAAAAGUAACAAUCAUCACUAUGAUUCUUUUGCUUGCUCCAUAUCAUAGGAAUCGAUUAUUGGAAAGCUUUUUUCUUGUCCUUAAACCAAUUUCGAAGGUCUUCAACACAGAGUUUUAACCAAAAUACGCGAAGUAUACUUUUUUUACAAAGUCCGUAAUAUUUAGUUGUUGCUUUAAUAUCAUAUAUUCGCCACAACAGAAACUGUCAGACGAAUUCACACACUUCCAAACAGACUACACUAUACUUAACCAAGACAUUUAAAAACAAUAAUCAAUAUAAAAUUGUACUCAUUUAUUCAUUACAAGUUAGCCCAAAAAUUCCCUUCUUUAAUUAAAUUUGGCGUUUUACAAAAUAAUCUGAAGUUCUGGAAUUUUUUGAGUAUUUUUUUAGUUUUCAGUUCAAUACCUAAAUGUAUAGAAAUCAGUCAAAAA